AUGGUACAUGCUGCUGACCUUAAACAUGAAGCUGAGGCAUUCAACAUCUCCGAGGCUGGAUAUGCCUCCAAAGGCCUUGUUGAGCCCAAGUAUAUGGGCACUAUAGCAGAUCAGAGAGAUAUGAAUGUAUUGGGCCGAGCCCAAGUUCUGCGGAGGAAUUUCCGAUUUGUUUCGAUUGUUGGGUUCGGCUGCACUUUAAUAUCUACGUGGGAAGUCAUACUGACGUUGUUGAGUGCUGGCUUAACCGACGGUGGGACUGCUGGCUUGAUAUGGGGUUUUAUUAUUGUUUCGUUAGGGUUCACCCUUGUAUUUGCCAGCAUAGCUGAGAUGGCGUCAAUGGCUCCGACAUCUGGGGGUCAGUAUCAUUGGGUAUCCGAGUUCGCUCCUCGCAAAUACCAGAAGUUCCUAAGCUAUAUUACUGGCUGGCUUUGCGCAAUGGGAUGGCAGUGCGCUAUUGUAUCCAUUGCAUUUCUUGCUGGCACCGUCAUCCAAGGCCUGAUUGUGCUCAACGAUUCGGCUUAUAAUUUUCAACGCUGGCACGGCACCCUAUUUGUAAUAGCUAUUACAACAUUUUCUAUUCUUUUUAAUACCUUUCUAGCCAAGAACUUGCCCGUGGUAGAAGGGUUGAUUUUGAUCCUCCAUGUCAUCGGGCUGUUUGCGAUUAUCAUCCCUUUGUGGGUGCUUGCUCCCCGCAACAACCCCAAAGCUGUUUUUACCGAAUUCAACAACGGGGGAGGAUGGAACAGCCCCGGUACUGCGACGCUGGUCGGCCUAUCGACUACCAUUACCUCUAUGAUCGGAUAUGAUUGCUCUGUGCAUAUGUCCGAAGAAAUCAAGGACGCGUCAAGCACAUUACCCAAAGCAAUGAUGGCCUCUAUUGGUGUCAACGGCAUUUUGGGCCUCAUUAUGAUUAUUACGCUUUGUUUUACUAUGGGCGACGUUGAUAGUAUCCUUGCCACCCCUACUGGUUUUCCGUUCAUACAAAUAUUCUACAACACUACCAACAGUUUUACAGCAGCAAAUACAAUGACCGCAAUUUUGAUAGUGACAUUGACGGCCAGUACUAUCACAGAGGUGGCAACAGCAUCCCGGCAGCUGUGGUCCUUUGCGAGAGAUGGAGGGCUCCCUUUCUCAUCCUUCUUUUCCUAUGUCACACCGGGAUGGCACAUCCCACUGAAUUCAGUGAUGGUCUCACUUGCAGUGACUGUUCUCCUCUCUUUGAUCAAUAUCGGCUCCACCGUCGCUCUUCAGGCCAUAGUGUCUCUUGCUAUUACCUCUUUGAUGUCUGCCUAUAUUCUUUCUAUUGGCUGCAUCGUUCUUAAACGAAUCCAAGGCGAGCCGCUUCCGCCCCGGAGAUGGUCUCUCGGCUCUUUCGGCAUGGCUAUCAACAUUGCAUCCUUGCUAUUUCUAUUCCCAAUCUUCGUCUUUUCUUUCUUCCCCCUCACUGCAUCUGUUGAUAGUAAGACGAUGAAUUGGAGUGUGGUUAUGUAUGUGGGAGUGCUCGGUUUUGCAUCAAUCUAUUAUUUGCUUCGAGGGAAGUAUCAUUUUAUUGCGCCAGUGGCGCUCGUCAAGAGGGGAGAAUAA